GUACGGUCCUGCUGGACCGGCUUUCUCUCCUCCCUGCUCCCUUCCGCCACUCCUCUUCCCUCCCCGCCCCAGGCUUUUCGCGCCUCCUCACCCGGUCUGUCCGCCUUACCAGUCGAGCUGGGUGGGGGCCGCACGCUCGGCUCUUUAGGCCGUGGGACCGUGGUCACACCCUUCCCAGAAAUCCUUGGCUGUAAUGCGAAGCCAAGGGGAGCAGGAGCUGGGAGAACUGGAGAAAACCGCUCUAAUCUGACUUGACUCCAGCUGGAAGCUAACUCUGCGUCAGGCAUCCUAACAACCAACAUUUGCAAAGCUCUCUCACAGGCUCUGAUUCCUACAGAACUCAGCCCUUUGCUGAAGCCAUGCCCCAGCCCGUGGCCCCAUGACCAGGUGGAUAGCACUCCUUGUGCCAGUGACCCAGAACCCUGGCUGAUCACAUUAAAGCAGGAUGCUCCAGCAGGCUCCCACCUUUAAUGUACCUGCCAGCUGGUCUGAGUCUCAGUUCCCAUGGCCCUCGGGUUAUUCCCUUGCAGAUUAAUGGCCACAGUUCAGGCUCUGAUGCCCAAGGCAGGGACUCCCUCAGAGAAGACCUCCAGGAGUUCCUGGGCGGAGAGGCCCCACUGCACCAGCUCGAUGACCUCACCAGGGUGAAUCCUGUGACGCUGGAGACAGUCCUGAGAUGCCUGCAGGCCCGGUACAUGGCAGACACAUUCUACACCAAUGCUGGCUGUACCCUGGUGGCUCUAAACCCCUUCAAGCCUGUCCCUCAGCUCUACUCACCAGAGCUGAUGAGAGAGUACCAUGCUGCACCUCAGCCCCAGAAACUGAAGCCCCACGUAUUUACUGUGGGUGAACAGACCUACAGGAAUGUCAAGAGCCUGAUUGAGCCAGUCAACCAGUCUAUUAUUGUCAGUGGAGAGAGUGGUGCUGGAAAGACAUGGACGUCUCGCUGCCUGAUGAAGUUCUAUGCUGUGGUGGCCGCCUCACCUACAUCCUGGGAGAGCCACAAGAUUGCAGAGAGGAUCGAACAGCGGAUCCUGAACUCCAACCCUGUCAUGGAAGCUUUUGGGAAUGCGUGUACACUGAGGAAUAACAACAGCAGUCGCUUUGGGAAGUUCAUCCAGCUCCAGCUGAACAGGGAUCAGCAGAUGACCGGAGCUGCAGUUCAGACCUACCUCCUAGAGAAAACUCGAGUGGCCUACCAGGCCUCCAAUGAGAGGAACUUUCACAUCUUCUACCAGAUCUACAAAGGAGCCAGUGAAGAUGAGAGGCUCCAGUGGCACCUCCCUGAGGGAGCCACUUUCUCCUGGCUGCCCAACCCAGAAAAGACCUUGGAAGAGGAUUGUUUCGAGGUGACCAGAGAGGCCAUGCUCCAUUUGGGCAUCGACACUCCCACCCAGAACAACAUCUUUAAGGUCCUAGCUGGACUGCUGCACCUUGGCAACAUCCGGUUUGCUGACUCAGAGGAUGAAGCCCAGCCCUGCCAGCUGAUGGAUGAUGCCAAGUGCUCUAUCAGGACAUCAGCUUUGCUGCUGCGACUUCCAGAGGACAUACUGCUGGAGACACUGCGGAUUAGAACUAUCAGGGCAGGCAGGCAGCGGCAGCAGGUGUUCCGGAAGCCCUGCUCCCGAGCCGAGUGUGACACCCGCAGAGACUGUCUGGCUAAAUUGGUCUAUGCACGGCUGUUUGACUGGCUGGUAUCAGUGAUCAACAGCAGCAUUUGUGCGGACCCCACUUCAUGGACCACUUUUAUAGGCUUGCUGGAUGUGUACGGAUUUGAGUCAUUUCCUGAAAACAGUCUAGAACAGUUGUGCAUCAACUACACCAAUGAGAAACUACAACAGCACUUUGUGGCUCACUACCUAAGGGCACAGCAGGAGGAAUACGCAGUGGAGGGCCUGGAAUGGUCAUUUGUCAACUACCAGGACAACCAGACCUGUUUGGAUCUCCUCGAGGGGAGCCCCAUCAGCAUCUGCUCUCUUAUAAAUGAGGAAUGCCGCCUUAAUCGUCCAAGCAGCGCGGCCCAGCUCCAGACACGCAUUGAGGGUGCGCUGGCAGGCAACCCCUGCCUGGGCCACAAUAAGCUCAGCAGGGAGCCCAGCUUCAUUGUGGUGCAUUAUGCGGGGCCUGUGCGGUAUCACACAGAGGGCCUGGUGGAGAAGAACAAGGACCCCAUCCCCCCUGAGCUGGCCAGGCUUCUGCAGCAGUCCCAGGACCCCCUGCUCACGGUGCUGUUUCCUACUAACCCCGAAGAGAAGACCCAGGAAGAGCCCUCUGGCCAGAACAGGGCUCCUGUGUUGACCGUGGUGUCCAAGUUCAAGGCCUCCCUGGAGCAGCUCCUGCAGGUCCUGCACAGCACCACGCCCCACUACAUUCGCUGCAUCAAGCCCAACAGCCAGGGCCAGGCACAGACCUUCUUCCAGGAGGAGGUGCUGAGCCAGCUGGAGGCCUGUGGCCUUGUGGAGACCAUCCACAUCAGUGCUGCCGGCUUCCCCAUCCGGGUCUCUCACCAGAACUUCGUGGAACGAUAUGAGUUACUGAGAAGGCUCCGUCCCUGCACAUCCUUUGGCCCUCACAGCCCAUAUCCUGCCAAAGGGCACUCUGAAUGGCCUCCACAUGCCAGGGGGGCCAUACUGCAGCCUCUGCUCCAGGACAUCCUCCACACUCUGCCAGCUCUAACCCAGACAGCAGGCAUGCUUGGCGACCCGGCUGAGGUCACACCGGCCCCAGUGCACUGUGGCAAGACCAAGGUGUUCAUGACCGACUCCAUGCUGGAGCUUCUAGAAUGUGGGCGUGCCCAGGUGCUGGAGCAGUGUGCCCGCUGCAUCCAGGAUGGCUGGAGGCGAUACCAACACCAAAAGCAGGAGAGGCAGAGGCGGGCUGCCAUGUUCAUCCAGGCAGCCAUUCGUUCCUGGUUAACUCGGAAACACAUCCGGAGACUGCACGCAGCCGCCACAGUCAUCAAGCGUGCAUGGCAGAAGUGGAGAAUCAGAAUGGCCUUCCUUGCUUCUAAAGAACUGGAUGGUACAGAAGAAAAACACUUGUCUCAAGCUUCCCAUUUGCCGUGCUCCUCCUCGCUGCCCCCUGUACAGACCAGGCUCCUGGAGGCAAUAAUUCACCUCUGGCCCCUGGGACUGGUCCUGGCCAAUGCAGCUGUGGGUACACGUGGCUUUCAGAGGAAACUGGUAGUCUGGGCCUGCCUCCGGCUUCCCAGGGGCAGGCCCAGUAGCUACACCAUCCAGACAGCCCAACAAGACCAGGCUGGUGUCACGUCCAUCCGAGCUCUGCCUCAGGGCUCGAUAAAGUUUCACUGCAGAAAGUCUCCACUGCGCUAUGCUGACAUCUGUCCUGAACCUUAUUCACCCUACGGUAUUACUGGCUUUAAUCAGAUUCUGCUGGAAAGACACAGGCUGAUCCACAUGUGACCUCUUCUCACCCUAGACUCUCACCCAACUGGGUAAUCCUCGGUGCCUUUGUUUCCAUAAGGCUUUUUCUUGCCAACUGCCUUGCCAAAGACAUUUAAUCCACACACAGCUGCCAAAGUGCUCCCACAGCGACUGCAAACGCAUGUGCGAGCCAGGGCUGCGUGUACCAGCAGGCCUGGGGCUUCAGUCCACAUCUCAAGCACUACAGGGCAUCAGGGGUGGUAGUACCAAAUCAGGACUAAGAAACAUCAGGGCCACGGAGAACGUCACCACGUUUCACUGCCUUCACAGAUCAUGACUGUCUGUCCUAGAGUGUUGUCUUUCACUGCAGUGAGGACUCUGACUCCCCAUAACCACUUUUGGAAGAAAACAGGCCAAGAAAUCUUAAAAUUGGCUCUGGAAUUUGGGCUGGAGAACAUUCUGCAUUUAGUUCCUUAAAAAAGGAAUGAAACAUUAUUAUUUAAUAAGUUGUUGAUCUAUUUAAUGUAAUUUCAAACAAUUAGAUUAUGAAACAAGGAUGAUGAACAAUGCAACAUACACUAGAACCAUCACAUCUUGAUUUUUAUUAACACUGAUCAAGUUUUUAACUCAAAUGGGUGUAAAACUUAAAUUAUAUCAUUUAUGAUGUCUAUCUUAAC